AUGGUUCUUUUCAGCAAAUUUCGACCGUUGUUACAAACGGUGUUAAAACCUAGCGAGCAAUUGCAAACAAUUGUCAAACGAUGGAGUUCCGGACGGAAUAUGAAAGUGAUGAUAACGGAAUUUCAUGAACGAAAGUUCUUUGACAUGUUUCACUAUUACUUUUUAAUCGGAUUGGUGCCAACAUUUUGUGUCGUCUUCUAUGCCAAUGUAUUCGUUGGUCAAGCAACACUGACAGAAAUUCCGGAGGGAUACGAGCCGCGACAUUGGGAAUAUUACAAACAUCCACUUCGCCGUUUUAUGGCUCGUUAUGUCGUUCAACCGUUCGAUGAACGUUACGAAAUUUCUCUUCAUACCAUCUAUGCUCGUGUGAUGAGAGACAAAAUGAAAGCACUUGAACGUAAAGUACGACGUUUGGAACAUGCACGUGGCGAUGCUAAGGGAUGGUUCUAUCGUCCAGUUGUUGACCAUCUUACUGAACUUGAACAGAAGCAAGCAGCAGAACGCAGCGAAGGUUAUUCAGCUAUGGUGGCACCAAGAGAAUUACCACCGCCACGUUCAUGGCCUAAUCCGCCUAAAAACUAA